CUUUAAGUAUGUUGAAUGAUAAACAAAUGAAUGUUUAUUCUGGAUUAUGUUUAUUCUGUACCUCACUAUUUCUCUUAAAUAUAUAAAAGUAAAAAAGAAGUCAAAUUUCUAUUUUUUUUUUUAAUUUAUAUUCAUAUCUAGUCCUCUCUAAUACGUACUGUUUUAUUGUAGCAAUAACAUUAUGUUAUAUAAUUAAUGUAAAUAAAGCGUAACCCAUUGAAUACAGUUAAACAGCUGCUGUAUCUGAUAUACUUUGUCCUUUUAUGUAACAGCGCCGGUAAAGUGUUAUGAAAGCAGCAGAACAUGACAGCAGACCUGCGCGUGUCCGUGAAUAAAGGAUCUCCUGCCGAGCUGCUGACCGGCUGCAUUUCAGUGGGAUCCUGCUGAGCGAUUCUCAUCUAAAUUACAGUUAAUUUCUACGGGGGAGUCAUGCAGUUGGAGGCUCAUCUUCGUCUCUGUCAGAGUUGUUUGUGGUUCUGUAAAAGUUCUCAGCGGCUGUUCUCACUCUGUACUGUCCACAGGUCGUCAGCCAAUUACUAUGAACUUCUUGGGGUGAAACCAGAUGCUUCGCUGGAGCAAAUUAAGAAUGCAUUUUUUGACAAAUCCAAAAAGUUGCAUCCUGACAGUGACCCAUCCAAUCCUGGCCUGCACAGUCAGUUUGUGCAGCUGAACGAGGCAUACAGGGUGCUGAGCAGAGAAGGGUCCAGACGAGAUUAUGACCUCAGACUGAGGUACCAGUACGCCGCAGGUCCGGCCUUCAGAGCCUCCAGCUCAACCAGCGGCCCCAGUGCGAAGGGUGCAGAGAGCAUACGUUACUGGGAGCAGUUCAGACAGGCCCAGCCUCAGGAGAGCACGGCUGAGGAGCAGGGAAAGAGAAAGAAACGCAACAUGCGUUUGGUGGGCUACUGCAUUCUCACCAUGGUAGUCAGUCUCUCCGUGCAUUACUUUGGGUUCAGGAAACUGGAAGAGGUCCAUAAUAACUUCAUGGAUGAGAAGGAUAGAGUCAUCACUGAGAUCUACAACACAUCCAAAGAAAGAGCCAGAGUGAACGGCUUUAAGAAGCAGCAGGAGAUCUUGAGACAGAAGCACGCAGAGUUCCUGGAGAGAUACAAGAUCCGCAAUAAUGGAGAAGAGAAAUAAAGCAAGGAAAGGGCAGAUCUAAAAGAAGCUCAACACACAGGGUUAUGGAGAGAGUGCAGGUUGUGGAUGAAUGUGGAAGAGUGAAUUAUAUUUUGUGUUCAUAGCUUUUAUCAAAUUUUCUAGGGUCACAGUGUGUCAAAUCCACAAAUGCAGUAAUAUUUCAGUCCUGUUCUUUCACCCAACUCUAUCAGAUGAAGGUCACAAGGGUUGGAAGGCAAAUCGGGCUGAUUAUAGGCCAACAUGGCUCCUUAUGAGGUGUUUUAAACACCUGUAAACUUACUGUAUUGCCUGCAUUUACAGGCGACGUUGUAACUGCACCUGGAAAGGGUGUUAUGGAAACAUUGCAUUCCUGAUAAAGUAGUUCAUGAAAACACUG